ACUCUAGGGCAGUAGGUAGGUUCAUUUACUUGUCUUUAUGAAGUGCACUGAAGUCCUUUUCUGGAUACAUAUUACAGAUUUCUUUUUCCCCCCCUUGUGUGAUCGGCAGGAAAUUGGCACUGUGUCUGGUGCUCGUGGUGUUUGCUGAACACAAAGAUGAGGGCUCUAGAAUUUGGGUAUCACUGCAGUCUUACAGCAACAAGAAUAGCUUUGUGUCAGCCUGAUCCUGCGCCCUGCGCAUGUGAUGUAUGUUCCCAAUACGUGUGUUUCAUGCUCAGCAGUAAUUCUUUAGUUGUGGAUGGUUGGGAGCUUUGCAGAUGCCCAAGAGCUCAGAUCUGCUAAUGUUAACACAUGCUUCCCCGCCCCCUUCCUUGCAUAACUUGUGAUCACAGAGCCAUGAAAGUAUGUGAGUCCCUCCCCCAGCACAGGCCAGUCCCACCCGGCAUAUGACCUGGGCUCCAUGUCAGCCAGAGCAGGCAGCACCAACUUGCCAGAGCACUGCAAAUAGCCAGAUCAAUGACUUUAAUGAAAGAAAGUUUCCACAAGGCUCUUCCACCCGCUUCUGAAGUGGCCAAGGUCGGCAUGGACAGCACCAGAGAGGAGGAGGCUCUAACGCAAUCCAUGACGAGGACUGGAGCAGUGGUGCCAAAGAAGCGUGCAGUGGGAAGGCUGAUCAUGCACAGCAUGGCAAUGUUCGGUCGGGAGUUCUGCUAUGCUGUGGAGGCUGCCUUUGUCACACCGGUGCUGCUCAGUGUAGGGCUGCCCAAGAACCUCUACAGCCUGGUGUGGCUCAUCAGCCCUGUCCUGGGCUUCGUGCUGCAGCCUGUGGUAGGUUCAGCCAGUGAUCACUGCACCUGUAACUGGGGCAGGAGGCGACCUUACAUUCUGAGUCUGGGCAUCAUAAUGCUGUUAGGCAUGACUUUGUACCUCAAUGGGGACGUAAUCAUCUCAGCUUUCAUCGCUGAGAGGGACAAGCAGCGGACAUGGGCAAUAGUCAUUACCAUGCUGGGAGUAGUGCUUUUUGAUUUUGCAGCUGAUUUUAUUGAUGGCCCCAUCAAAGCAUAUUUAUUUGAUGUCUGCACUCAUCAGGAUAAAGAGAAGGGUCUGCAUUACCACGCCCUCUUUACAGGUUUGGGAGGAGCCCUGGGUUACCUGACAGGUGCUAUGGAUUGGGGUCAAACUGUACUAGUAUAUUCCUUGGCAUCGGAAUUCCAGGUGAUUUUCUUCUUCGCAGCCUUGGUUUUCCUAAUCUGCCUUACUGUGCAUCUGUACAGUAUACCUGAAGUCCCACUAAGAUAUGAAAAUGAGGAGACAAAGUUCUUGUUGGAAGUGUCUGAAUCCUAUAAAUAUAGCUCCAUAGAGGAAGAGAUCAAGAAUGGUUACUUAAAAUCAACAUGUACUGAAACAAAGGCUGCAGCUAAACCAGGGAAAUGCACCAUUACAUCACGCACAGAGGAUCAAAGGCGGGUGACCCUUAAAUCACUCUUGAAGACGCUUUUAAGCAUGCCAUCUCACUACCGCUACCUGUGUGUGAGUCACCUCUUUGGAUGGAUGGCUUUCCUGGCCAACAUGCUCUUCUUCACAGAUUUCAUGGGGCAGGUUGUGUACAAGGGUAGUCCUUAUGCGCCCCAUAACUCCACACUUUACCUUACCUACAAAACAGGAGUAGAGAUGGGAUGCUGGGGUCUGUGCAUCAAUGCAAUUUCUUCAUCAGUUUAUUCAUACAUACAGAAAAUCCUUCUGCCAUACAUAGGAUUAAAGGGACUUUAUUUCAUUGGAUACCUACUUUUUGGAUUGGGUACUGGAUUAAUUGGCUUGUUUCCCAAUGUCUAUUCCACUCUGGCUCUGUGCUCCCUCUUUGGCGUCAUGUCCAGCACACUGUACACAGUGCCAUUCCACCUCAUUGCAGAGUAUCACAGGGAAGAAGAGAGCCUGAAGCUGGAGGAUGGAGAACAAGCCGGAGAACACAGGCGAGGGAAGGGCAUUGACUGUGCUGCUCUCACCUGCAUGGUCCAGCUGGCCCAGAUCAUACUUGGUGUGGGCCUGGGUCUCUUGGUUAGUGUUGCCGGCAGCGCAGUCACAGUGAUUUCUGCAUCUACGGUUGCACUGAUCGGCUGCUGCUUCGUUGCUUUUUGUGUUCGAUAUGUGGAGUAGGACUGUGUGAAGAUAUUGGAAGAAGUCUCCCCACAGGAAUUUUUUCUUUCUGAGUCAGUAGCACUGGUGCUGUUGCCAUGCUGAUACUGCUGGCACGUCCUUCCCUCUUACCUCCUCGGAGUGGUUGCAAUUCCAGAGCUUCACAAAAUGGAGACUUGAUGAA